GAGAGAUGUCUGAGAGGAAUGGACUGCAGAGUGUGUGGCAAAUCUUCAUGGAGACAACUACAGGACUUGUGCCGGCUGGCCAAGACCUCCUGCCCUGCUCUUGGCAUCUCCCGAAAGAACCUGUAUAUCUUUGAGGUGGACUACCUGUGCAACUACAAGAAGGUCCGGGAUCAAGAGUACUACCUUGUCAAGUGGAGAGGUUACCCGGACUCUGAGAACACGUGGGAGCCACGCCGGAACCUGAGAUGUGCUGGGAUCCUGAAGCAGUUCCACCGAGACCUGGAGCGUGAAUUAUUCCGCCGUAGUGGGAGGCGGCCCAGGGCCCGGCCCCCUCGACACCUGGAUGCAGCCCUGGUAGAUUUCCUAGUGCAGAAGGCCAGGCAGCGCAAGGCCCUGCAGCGUUGGGAGAGGGAGCUGAAUGCCAAGCGGGCUCACAAGGGCCGCAUCUCUGUGGAAAAUGAAGUGGACUUAAAUGGGCCCCCCUGGGACUUCACAUACAUCAAUGAGUACAAGGUGGGCGAAGGGAUCACCCUGAGCCAGGUGGCCAUCGGCUGCGAAUGCAAGCACUGUCUGGAAUCUCCGGCCAACGGCUGCUGCCCGGGUGUAUCGCUCCACAAGUUUGCCUAUAAUGCCCAAGGUCAGGUGCGGCUGCAAGCUGGCCAACCCAUCUACGAGUGUAACGCCCGCUGCCGCUGUAGCAGCGACUGCCCCAACCGUGUGGUGCAGAGGGGCAUCAGUUACAAUCUGUGCAUCUUCCGCACGGCUGACGGGCGAGGCUGGGGGGUCCGCACGCUCGAGAAGAUUCGCUGCCACAGCUUUGUCAUGGAGUACGUGGGUGAGAUCAUCACCUCCGAGGAGGCAGAGCGGCGUGGGCAGAUCUACGACCGGCAGGGGACCACCUACCUUUUCGAUUUGGACUACGUGGAGGAUGUCUACACGGUGGACGCAGCGCAUUUUGGGAACGUCUCCCACUUUGUUAACCAUAGCUGUAACCCCAACCUCCAGGUCUACAACGUCUUUGUCGAUAAUCUGGACGAGCGCCUACCACGAAUUGCCUUUUUUGCCACUCGAACUAUCUGGGCAGGCGAGGAGUUAACCUUUGACUACAAUAUGCAAGUGGACCCCGUAGAUGUGGAAAGCACACAUAUGGACUCUAACUUCGGUCUGGCUGGUCUCGCAGGCUCUCCCAGGAAGCGGGUGCGGAUUAAGUGUAAAUGCGGAACUGACUCCUGCCGGAAGUACCUCUUCUAGUACCUGUCACCUUUGCUUUCGGGAUAGCCCAGGACAAAGCUGGGGGCUAGCACAGUGGCUCCCCCAGGCUCUUGACCUCCCUUUCAGGGCAGGAAAGUUACUGCCCCGCCCCCAUCUCCCUUGGGCUGCAGGGGGAGGGCAUCCAGAGUUUACCUGGCCCAGGCCCUCACCCUCCUCUCCCAGUUUGCACUUAAGUUGAGUUCACAUGUUCUGAUGAUGGUUGUUCAGUCCCCUGCAGGGGAUGCUUGGGAAGUGGAUCCGUCCUUUUUCCCUGAGAGGUUGUUACGUUCAACUCAUCACCAGUAUGUUUUCAACAGUUUUCCUUGGAGCAGUUUCUGAGCUUAUAAGACAUUGGUUGGUGUUCUUUC